AUGAAUGAUGAAGAUGCAAAAUUGACCAGUAAUUUGAAGGGAAAGCUCUGGUAUUGUGUAGAACGUCAAGUCGACGAAGAGACACCCUUUGACACUCGCCAUACACCACAGUUUAUUAAUGCCCUUGUCGAACUGACUUAUGUUCAGUUGAGUGAAAUGGGUAAGGACCUCGAGGCAUUUGCAAGACAUGCGGGAAGAGACACGAUCACCAGCGAUGACAUGAUGCUAUUGCUGAGAAAGACGCCAACUCUUCAAGAUAUUAUAAGACCAAAAGCAAAUUAG